AUGGCUUUUCCUCGUAAUUUUGUGGUGUUUCCUUACUUGUCCCUCUUUCUUGGGAUUCCUCUUCUAGUGUUUUGCUGCUCGCAUGAGUUUGUAUCUCUUCUGCGAAGCCGACUCAAGACCGACGCGUUUCACUCCGUGCCUCUGAAAGGGCCUGGCCUUUUCUGUAAGUAUACAUUCCCUGCCAUUCCUAGUGGCGUUAAGUCUCUCUUCUUCCAUCAUUCGCAUCAUCAUGCUGGACCUUAUGCCCCUCAUUCGAAAAGAAGUGGAAUCGUAGUUGCUGACAGAUUUCAGGAUGGAGGCCAGACAGCAUGCAGCACAGGCGGCAGAUAUCAGGGAUAUCUGUUCCUGGCACCCUAUUAUCAAGAACAAAAGGGUUCGAAGGCGGCAUUCGUCGAUUCUUGUCUUUUAAAGUAUUUGUAUGCAUAUCGAAGACGGGAUGUUUCGUACGUGGGUCCCAUAUUCUCUCUCUGCAGUGCGCUGGCUUACUCCUUGUGCAAUCGCGCUUCUACGUUCUGCCCACGGCCUCUGCAGCGUGCCGUUGGUGACUCCUUGCGGGCUCCCCGGCGCUACUCUCUGUUUACACCGCUGGAACAAAUCCUUCAGAUUCCGAGGGACUGUUCGAGACGCCAUCGUCACACCGCUGAAACGACCAGGAUUCCCGUGACCGAAACAGAUGACCCUCCAGUGCAUUCGUCCUUCUUCAUACCCUACAAUGGCAGUCCUUUAGCUCCAUUCAUAUCCGUACAUGAACAUCAAGAAGCGUCGCACAGGGCGGGAGGACCAGACGAACCUACCGGCUUCAGUGGAGACCCGCAGGCGGCAACGGAUCCUGAGUUCAGUAGUCCUAUUCUCGCUGCCCCUUUCCCUCCAACUAGUGCUGAGCGGUUCCUCCUUGGCAAAAAUCUUCUCGUUGACUCGGAGAAGCAGGUUUCGGGAACUGCUGCGAUGCCUGGUACUGGGCAACGUAGACCUGCUGAACACGUGAAUGGUGUUGCAAAGGAAGCGCGUUUCUCUGGUCCAUUAAGUUUUUGUGAUGAUCGUGAAAUGCCCGGCCCGGAGAUAAAUCUGGCAGCGCCUCAAGACGUAUAUAUUCUAGAUUUUGAUAACGUUAUUCAUACGAACACGCGAGAGCUCGUUCACACCGCCAUCCGCGCGUGGCGCAGACUAGAGAAGGGUGCUAGCGAACAGCUCCGGCAGGAUAUCAGACAACACUCCGGAAGGAAUACUGAGUCGAAGGGCAUGUACAGAACGAGUAAAGAUGAAGUACAGUCCGAUCGUAACAUCUGCGACGCGACGACCACAACUUCAUCUGGUUCUUUGCCUCAGUUAUUUUUGUCCCCUCGCUUUGGAGGCGAGACGCCUUUCUGGUUGCGCGAGCGUGCCCAUGAUAUACGCCGUUCCCUGGCUCUUCGAGGCGUGGCAGACUUCAUGGUGGCAAUCCGGCGUGUCCUCGAGGUUGUCGUAGAAACAGAAAAGAAACGAAGGAAAACCGUAGAGGAGUUUGUUGAAGAACGCCAGCGAGCCUUUGACGCGCUAUGGAGAACGAUGGACGACGUAGAAAAAGUGUGGCUGCUGACUCGCGAAGGCGACAUGAACGCCGUACGAGAUGUCUUCGCUUUCAGGCGAGCGGGUGGGAGAUUUCCUUGGGCUGUCAGAAGCCUCCAAGGCUGGGAAAAGCAAGGAGGAGCCCGACGUGCCGAGCUAUAUCGGCAGUAUGGUGUGACCCCACAGCAACUGCAAGAAGCGUUUGACUCUGCUCGGAGAGAAUGGCAAAGAGACGACCUGGAGGGCUGGGAGCAGCAUGUCAAGUAUCGGAGUGACACAAGACAUCUGGACCCAAACGACGAAGAACGACGUGAAGCAUACGAGGGUUUCAACCCAGCAGCAAUCUGUCUUAUCAACAAUCACAUCAAUAGCUGGCACCGCCCAGUGCACGUCAUCUCUUCGUGGGAAACGUCAGAUGAUCUUCUGCGGAUGUUACAGCUGAUGGGACUUAACUUCGAUCAUGACAACGCGAAGAGGCUUCUUUUUCUUUAUGGGCGGGACAAAAUGGAGAGUGUGUCCCCCGGUCAACACAGUGAACAGGCAGGGCUGAAAGACAGUGCAGUUCGGAAGAAAGUGGCGCUGGUGAACUCAAUCCUGGACAAGUGGAAGCCGAGAAGCAACUUCUGGCGGCCAGCGCACAUGGUUGAUGGCGACGUGCGGAGCCUGCUGGCAUUCUCUCGUGACAGCGGGAUUGCUAGAGCGCGCCUGUACUUCUGUGAAUGGGGACCUUCAGCGAUUGGCGACAAAGUGAAGGCAUUUUUAGCCGGCAGAAUCAAAUACCUAAAGGAAAGUAGUCAGUUGGUGAAGCUGAUGGGCACGCCGGCAGACAUACCGGCCCGACAGUGGACUCACGGUUUCACAACAUGUCCUCCUGAAUGGCUCGAGGCCUACAAGAUGAUGUCGUGGUUGCGGUGGACAGACCUUCAAGAAAAGGAAGAGACAAUUCUGCAGGACUUCACAAUGCCGCCACCGGCUGAGUCGCCCAUUACAAGUUCAAUCACUUUUUGA